CCUCGCUUGACUCAUCCGCCCGCGGUGGCCGCGCCGCGUCCGCCGCCCGAGCCCCGCCGGAAUGAGGAGGGAACCCGCGGCUGCCCGCGGCUGCCGAGAUUCCUGCUGACGCCCCCGAGCCCGCCGCCUUCCUCGUUCGUCUGCGGAGGCGCCUGACGUCCCAACUGCUCCUGCAGUGAAUGUCCAGAGAGGCCACUGGACCCCUGAGGCCCUGCGCUCAGGACAGAUGCAGCCUAACUGACUCAGCCAGUCUUCUCCUGAUGAACACAGCAAAAGACUGAGCUAUGAUAGCAACCGGUGGAGUGAUAACUGGCCUGGCCGCCUUGAAAAGGCAAGACUCUGCCAGGUCGCAGCAUCAUGUCAGCCUCAGCCCAUCGCCUACUGCCCAAGAGAAGAAACCCGUCAGGCGGCGGCCUCAGGCCGAUGUUGUGGUGGUUCGAGGCAAAAUCCGGCUUUAUUCCCCAUCUGGUUUUUUCCUCAUUUUAGGAGUGCUUAUCUCCAUUGUAGGAAUUGCAAUGGCAGUCCUUGGAUAUUGGCCCCAAAAAGAACAUUUUAUUGAUGCUGAGACGACACUGUCAACCAACGAGACUCAGGUCAUUCGGAACCAAGGUGGUGUGGUAGUCCGUUUCUUUGAGCAACAUCUGCAUUCUGAUAAAAUGAAAAUGCUUGGCCCUUUCACCAUGGGGAUUGGCAUUUUCAUUUUCAUUUGUGCUAAUGCCAUUCUUCAUGAGAACCGUGACAAAGAAACCAAGAUCAUACACAUGAGGGAUAUCUAUUCCACAGUCAUCGACAUCCACACACUGAGGAUCAAGGAGCAAAAGCAUAUGAAUGGCAUCUAUACUGGUUUGAUGGGAGACACAGAAGUAAAGCAGAAUGGGAGCUCCUGUGCCUCGAGACUGGCAGCAAAUACCAUUGCCUCUUUCUCGAGUUUUAGGAGCAGUUUUCGGAUGGACAGCUCUGUCGAGGAGGAUGAGCUUGCGCUAAAUGAAAAUAAGAGUUUGGUGCAUCUCAUGCCACCUUUGCUUUCGGACAGCUCCGUCUCUGUCUUUGGCCUCUAUCCACCUCCUUCGAAGGCGACAGAUGGUAAGACCAGUGGCCCUAAGAAAUGUGAAACCAAAUCAAUUGUGUCAUCGUCCAUCAGUGCUUUUACAUUGCCUGUGAUCAAACUUAAUAACUGUGUUAUUGAUGAGCCCAGUAUAGAUAACAUCACUGAAGACGCUGAGAACCUCAAAAGUAGGUCAAGGAAUUUGUCAAUGGAUUCCCUCAUGGUCCCUUUGCCCAAUGCCGGUGAGUCCUUCCAGCCAGUCAGCAUGGUGUUCCCAAGGAAUAAUUCCAUUGGGGAGUCAUUGUCGAGCCAGUACAAGUCCUCUGUGGCCCUCGGACCCGGGGCUGGACAGCUCUUGUCUCCUGGGGCUGCUAGAAGACAGUUUGGAUCCAACACAUCUUUACAUUUGCUCUCGUCACAUUCAAAAUCCUUAGACUUAGACCGGGGUCCCUCUACCCUAACUGUUCAGGCCGAACAACGGAAACACCCAAGUUGGCCUCGGUUGGAUCGAAGCAACAGCAAAGGAUACGUGAAACUAGAAAAUAAAGAGGACCCCAUGGAGAGGCUGCUUGUGCCCCAAGCUGCGAUCAGAAAAGACUUUACCAAUAAGGAGAAGCUUCUCAUGAUUUCAAGAUCUCACAACAAUUUGAGUUUUGAACACGAUGAGUUUUUGAGUAACAACCUAAAGCGGGGAACUUCUGAAACGAGGUUUUAAUGUUCAAAAAUGUAUCAUUUUCAAAGGCUGUAUGUUUUAAAACUAUUUUCACCAGUGUUUCCAUGUUAAAGUAUGGGCUAUGAGCCUUUUUAAUCAAAUAGUCUGUAGUGGGUUAGACCUGGUUGCUUACUUCCGUGGUGGAGAUGGCUGUAUGUUUGGGUUACUUAUGCUUGCAGGACUUUCUAUGAUCACACAUGAUUUUAUACUCUCCCUUCCUUUGAAAGCAGUAUCUCUUCUAUCAGUAUGAACAGAGAACACUUCCAUCUCUACUAAAACUCCCUUUCUUUACUUUCAAGUUCUUUCACCGAUGGUCAUCUGCAUAGAAUCAAGUGUCCAGUUAGGAAAAGGUAGGGUACCAAAGUGUAGACUCGAAGUACCAAAUUUAGGCCCAAGACUCAAUAUAAACUUAUAAAUGAGCAUGAGGACAAAUCUAAGGUGUGAUUUUCUGAACAACUGCUUUUUUUUUUUUUUUUUUUUUACAAAAUUGGUUAAAUUAUUUAAAAGGAGAAAGAUCUAGUUUCUGGGUGUGCUAAGUAAUGUGAAUUGGUGAAACUGGUUUAGUUCUAUGUGAGCUAACUGACAGGAAUUAUUUAAGUUGCUUGUGACUAGUACCCUGAGCUCUGGGUAGGUAUAUCUUUUUUUAUUAUUAGUUCUAUUUUAGUGAUAUUUUAUCAAGAAACCAUGUAUUCAAGAGCCAUGGCUGAGAAUGCCAGUUAUUCAUAGGGGUAAAUAUCAAAAUGCUAUUAGCUAUAACUUUAGAUAUUCAGAAUCAAAAUUUCUUUGCAACUAACUUGAAAAAGGAAUGAGCCAAUUUAGUUUGUGGGAAUGCUCUCUUGAAAUAAUUAUAUACAUGAAGAAGACGUUGAUUAGUCACAAAAAUACACUAUGGGUUAGUUAACGCUAACUAAUCUCAGUAUUUUUCCUAGCCAUCUCUUUUAUCAUCCAGCAUCCAUUCAUUCCCACAGCCUUCUUUCCCCUCAAGAUUUUUUAAAUCCUGUUCUUUGGAAAAUAAUCAGCUAACCUUAACAUUUCUUUUUAUCUUUGUUUAUCACUAGCUUGGUGACUCAAGAAAAUUGACAAAUUGGACUCAAGUCCUUGACAAAUUGCCUUGAAAUUUACCUUGUGCUGGAAAGCCUUUUGAAGACCCCAAAGACUUUCUUAUGGUGUAAUACAUUUUUGGGAUUGUGGCUCUCAAUUAUUGAAGAUAACAAAUGUGAAAAUGAGUGUUUCCAUCAGAAAAUGUUCAUGGUUUCCAUUAAGGUAACAUUUAAUUGUAAGAAAUGUUUGAUGGAAUACUCAGGAAAUUUUACAGGUUCUUCCCAGUGCCGAAAUGUUUCUGAGCAUCAGUAUUAUUGCAGCUAUUGUGGAAAAGGAGAAGGAGGUAUGUUUCUGUUCGUAGCUCCCCACAGUUCCCCCUGUGUUGGCAUCACGAGCUUCCCUGAAUUGAGUCAAUGUUACUUGUUAGAACACCAAGCUUGUGUAUUUUAAUAGAGUGGACUCAAUAUUUUACUAUAAAACAUUUAAUAAACUUCCGUUCUUAAUAGAAAUUUGUGU